UACUUUUUGACAAUGAUAUGAGAUAUGACAUCAAUCAAAUCCUCUUUGCUCAGCAAAAAUUGUAGAAAAACUCAAAUAGCAGUUUACUUCUUCACUUAUGUGUAUUUGUUAUUUUACAUGAUUUGUAGGUGAAUGACUUACUGAAAAUGGAUUAUAAAAUCGAACUUUUUGAAGUGGAAAAUAAAUUGAAGAAGGAACAAAAUAAUUUGUCUUUGUUGAAAGAAAGAUUGGAUAAGAGUAAUCAAAUAACUAAUGACAUUGAUUCCAUUUUAAAUACAUUCGAAGAACGCCUCUCGAGAUUGGAGGAUACCAUAUUACCUGUAUAUACCGAAACAGAAAUACUACAAAAGUCUCAAAGAAAUAUUGAUGCAACUAUCCAGCUUUUAGACAAUGUAAUAAGUUUUUAUGAUGUCUCAACAAAUGUUGAAGGCAUUAUCGAAAAAGGACCAGGUGAGGGAGCAUCAGAAUUGGAACCAUAUCUACAGUCUUUGAAUCAGUUAGCUGCAGCGCAAAAGUAUUUCGAAGAACACAUUCCACAAAGUGUAGAGAGGGAAAAUGUGACUACUUUAUUUGAAAAGGGAAGUGAUAAAAUCAACUCUGAGUUCAAAUCAAUUUUGGAUAAAUACAAUACCCCAAUGUUGCCAGUUGUACUUCUAGAUCUUAUAAAUAUGGAUGAUAAUAAUAAAACACAAAAGUUUCCCCCACCACAAUUUCCCGAAGAAGCGAAGGCUAAGUUGAUAAGAAUGUCAAAUUGGCUCUUGGAUCAACAUAAAUACAACCACCUCACCGUUUAUGGUAUGGUAAGAGGAUAUGUUCUGCAACGUUCUCUUACAAUGCUGAAAAACCACCAAAAAUCUGUUAGUGGUGGUAGUACCCAUGGAGUAUCUAGUUCACCGAUGAUGCGGUCCAAAUUCCAAAACAGACAUGAACCGUCAAGAAAGCCUUCCACUAGAAGAUUGCAGCAAGUAUUUCAAGGGAAAGCUAACAAGAUGCUACUGAAGGCAUCCCAAACUUUUGAACACUCCACAGGUUUCAACUUCAGUGGAAGACGAUCCUCAUCUCAUUUAGAUACAUCGUACAACGGAGAGGAAGUGGACAACGAACAGGAGAUGGAAAACUAUUUACUUUGUGUCAUAGCUUUACAUAAACUGAUGCAAGUAGAGAAAGAUUUGAUGAAACAAAUAAUUCCAACGACUCAUCAGCCUAGUGUGUUUGAACUGAUUGUUAAAGAUGCGAUGGACACAAUAGUGCAAGACGGGGAGAGUUUCGUUCAGAGGGCUAAAAAGUGCAUCGGUAAACAUGAGUUUGGUACAGUUUUGGUCAUUUUUCCUCUGUUGAAACAACUGAGGUCCUUGAAACCGGAUUUCGAGAAGACUGUUAAUGAUUGCGAUUUAAAUUUUAAGCCAAAGUUCAAUUCUAUUUUGAGCAUGCUUCAUUCCACAGGUUCUAAAUCAUUAGAUGAUUUCAUCGAGAGUCUUAAAUCAGAUUCUGUGACUCAGUUGCCCAGCGAUGGAACAGUUCACGAACUGACUAGUAACGUGAUAACAUUUUUAGAACAAUUAUUGGAUUACAUUGAUACUAUAGGCGUGGUGUUGGCCAAUGAACCCGGAUAUGCUCAGCAAUUGGUCAAAAUGAAUGUGACCGACGAGAACAAAGCCCUGCUGGGAUUGUAUAUCAAAAAGGUUCUGGUACAGCUUAAUCACACCCUCAUCAGUAAAAGCGAGCAAUAUAGCGAUGCUGCCUUGAAGUCGAUAUUCAGACUGAACAAUAACAAUUACAUCUUGAAAUCCCUUCAGCAACGCAAAGAACUCUUGGAUCUCUACAAGAUGGCCGAGGCAAAAUGCGUAGAGUAUUAUUAUAAUUCGAUACAGGAUCAAAAGAAAGCUUAUUUGCAAAGCUGGAACAAACUGUUGCAUUAUAUAUGGGACGAUAAUGCACCAGUAAAUCUCCUGCACGGUGAGCGACUGAGGGACAGGGAUCGAGGAAUUAUCAAAGAGAAGUUCGCAGGUUUCAAUAGGGAAAUAGAAGAAAUAUCUAGAGUUCAAAGAGGAUAUUCCAUACCUGACGUUCAGUUGAGGGAAAGCAUAAAACGGGAUAAUAAGGAGUUGAUUAUCCCUAAAUAUAACGCCUUCUUCAAUAUGUAUGCCAACGUGCAGUUCACGAAAAAUAUCGAUAAAUACAUCAAACACAAACCCGAUGAAGUGUCUAACAUAAUUGAUAGGUUCUUUGACGUUGCUGCUUAGAAAUUCCAUAUAUACGACCUAGUGAUAAGAGAAAAAUAUUUAUUGCGCAUAAAAAUAUUAUAUAUACAUUUAUUACAUAUAUACAAUACCA